AUGGUUAAUAAAUCAAAUGAAAAUGAUUUUAAUUUAUUAUCAAGUAAAACAGAUAUAAAAAAGAAUUUCACUGAUAAAUUUAAACAUAUUUACAAUACAUUUUCAACAAAUCCAAAUAAUAAUAAUGGUAGUUCUGAUUCAUGGCAAGAUACCUAUCGGCCAUCAUCAUUACUUGUUUCCAUUAUUGAACCGACAACAGCAUUCGAGAGUAAUCUAAGUGAUUCAUCUGAUUGUGAUAAUAAUAAUAAUAAUGAUAAAGUUAAAACUACAAAACAGAUUGAUUGGGAAAAAUUAUUUCAUAAAAAAUCAAAAUUACAAAAUGGUAAUAAAAUAUCAUCCAAUUGGGAAACAGUCGAUUAUGAACUAUAUUCACCUAUAAAUGAUUUUCCACCACCAGUAACUGCUCAUAAAACAGACGAUUAUAUCAACAAUAAUAUUCAAAUAAUAAAAACAGCAACAACAACAACAACAACACCAAAUAGUAACAAUUAUUGCCGUUUAUUUCAAUAUAAUCGAUAUAAUCAACCUUCAUCAGUAUCAUUACUUAAAAAUUCUUUACAACGUACAUGGAUAAAUAAGAAAUUAUUUCAUAUUGCCAAUAAUUACGAUAAUAAACGUGUUUCACGAGAACCAAUUUUAAGUUCGUCAACUGAACAAGGCAUUUGUCUCAAUGAUCAACAACUAAACAAUGAAUGGCAACAAACAUUUCCAGAUUCUUGUGAAAGUUUAACAGUUUCAUUAGAUUUGCAUGUACCAACAGACGAUAUAGUUACGGGAGAUGAUGAUGAACAAUAUAUUCAACGAAAUGUAUCCUAUAGAAGAAAAUAUUUUCAACAACAACAACCACAAUCCUUACCAUCGACCAAUAACAUUCCAACACGUUUUAUGUCAAGUUCAUCAUCUGAUGAUAUAAAUAAAACAUUUUUUCAACAACAACGUACGCAUAAUAUCAAACGUUCAAGAUGUAUAAAGCCUAAUCAUGGAAAAGUGGCACAACAUUUUGAUGAAGAACUUGUUCAAGAACAAUUACGUUAUAAUGGAAUUUUAGAAAUAUCUUAUAUUCGAAAUCAAGGUUGGCCCGUACGAUUUACAUUUGAAGAAUUCUUAAAACGUUUUAAAUUUAUUUCCUAUGCUCAAAGUAAUACAGUAAAACCAACAGCUUCAAUUUGUGAAAAAAUUUUGAAAGAUUUAUCUUUGACUGACUAUGUAAUUGGAAAGUCCAAAGUAUUUUUAAAAUUAGAGCAUUUGGAAAUAUUAAAUCAACGUUACGAAAAAUUUUUAGCCGAUGUAUUAAAAUGUCAAAAAGUCGCAAAAGGUUUUAUUGUACGACGUGGUUUAUUGAGAAAAGCCAAAAAGAAUGCGAAUGAUAGACAUACGUUUUUACAUCAGGUAUCAACAAACGGAAAACAUAUACUGGAGAAAUUAGUUUCACUUCCAAAAAUUUCAACGCGAGAUAUUCAACCACCCAAUAAACAACAGCCACGUUCAUCUAGAGAUCAUCAUUUUGUUAAGAAAAGUGCAAAAGAUAAAAAAUGUAUUCAAUCAAGUACAACAACUGUUCCACGAUCAUCUACAACAGAUGAAACAACAACACCAGCGAGUGAACAAGAAUAUCAAGAAAUGCUCAAGUUGGCUAAAAAAUUACAAUUAUUGAAAAAAGAAGAUCUUGAUGAACUUGAAUCAACAAGAGGCCGAAUAAUGUCAACAAAUCGAUUUCAACGACAUUCAAUGGCUAUGGCCGGUGGUGAAACAACAACACCAGAUGAUUUUAAAUCAAGUAUUGAAGGUUUAUCGGAACGUGAAGUUCGCAUACUUGUUCAAGAUGAAUUUAUUCCCAAUACAAAAUCAUCAACAAUGCAAACAAAUGUUGAUUCAGGUGCCGGUGUACCACAUUUUAAACAAACAUUAGCAGAAACAUCUACAAUUGCUACAGCGGCACUUGCUUCAAGUGUUCCAAUAGCACCAAGAUUAAAAGCAGAUGAUGCUCAACAAUUAGUGAAAGAAACAAGCGUUGCAGCAAUGAGUGGAGAUUUAUUCAUGAAAGAAUGGGCAUGGGAAAGACAACACAAUAAAAAUCCAGACACUGCUGAUGCACUAUUGUCAAAUUUAAAUGAAAACGAUGGAUUGAAUAAACAAAAACGAGAAAUUGUGAAAAAAAUAUUAAUGAUUCAGCGUAAAAAAUUUAAAGAUAGUCAAUUUAAGAAAAAAAAAGACUUAGAUAGUUCAACAUAUAGUCUCGGUUACCACAAAGAUAAUGAUGAUGAAGAAAAAUUAGUCGAUACUGAUGAUGAAAAAGAUCCAUUGAACGAUGCUUGGGAUUGUGCACGCACUAUAGAUGUUCAUGAAGCAUAUGAAAAAACAGUUCAUUGUUAUCGUUUAUCAAUGCGUAUGUUGAAGAUAGCAACAUACGUUGUUCUAAAUAUUGGUGUAUUAUUAUCAGCAUUAGUCAGUAAAGGAACAUUGCUUUUAAUGACAAAUUCUGUCGCAAAAGUUCAAGAGAGUCCCUACCGUGAAAGGUGGGUGUGGAUGUUAUUGACAGCUGUUUGUGCACCUUAUGUGUUCACAUUUAUCGAUAGUCUUGGAAAAUGCUUAUUCGGUAAUAAACCUUGGCCAACAGUGAAAAUAUUUACAAUAGUAUUUUUUAUUGAAACACUCCACAGUUUUGGUAUAGCCAUAUUUGUCUUUCAUAUUUUACCUAAAUUAGAUGCUGCUCGAAGUCUAUUAAUAAUGAAUGCUGUUUGUAUUAUACCAGCAUUUUUAAAAUUAUUUUUGAGUAAAACUAAUACAAGUAUGCUAAGACGAAGUCUAUUAUUUAUGAUGGAUUUUUUUGCUUUUGCCAUGCAAUGUUCAUGCGUUGGUAUUGCUCUGGCAUCAAGAUUUCUAAAAGUUGAUCCAAAUAUAAUUGCAAGUGAAAGUCGUUUGAAUUUAUUUUCGACAAGUACAAUUGAUAGUAGUACAGUGUUAUCAUUCAAACGACAUAAACGAGACGAUAUACUUGAUGCAUCUGGAGACUUGUAUAGUGAUUUAUCAGCAUCACUUGAUUCAUCAGCAUCUAUUGGAGGUAAAACAUUGAAUAUGAGUUCAAUUGAUCAUAAUUUACAAACAAUCUUGGCCAGUUUUCAUAUCGAAUGGGAAUUACCUGUUGCAUUAAUCUUAGUUUCACUGACAUGGUGGGAAAAUUUUGUUGAUCGUGAUAUAAAAUUUGGUGGAAAAACAGUGGUAAAUAUGAAAUUAUUAAAAGAAAAUAUAAUUGCCACACGAUCAAAAACAUGUUUAAUAAUUACAUUUUGGAAAAUUCUUGUCACAAUUUUAUUUGCUUAUUUAUUUCAUCAUGGUAUAUUUAAUACAUCGGUUGUAUUUCAUACGAAUAAAGAACAAAUGCAGGAUCCACUACUACUUUCUAAUAAAGAUCCAUGGACAUCAUCGAGUCUGUUAUCAGCAGAUAUGUCACAAUCACCAGAGAGUUUAGCUGGUAUACCUGUGGGAACUGAUAUAGGUGGAAAUCGUUUGCGUCGAAACAUUCCAACACCCCUACUUGGAUUAUCAACAGAAUAUUCUAACGUGCUACUCGAUCAUUUAUUUAAAAAUCAUCACUUUUAUCUGAAGCCAGUUAAUCAAACUCAUCAUCGAUUUAAACGACAAGAAAAUAUUGUUAAUGCAGGAGGAAUAGACAAUCUUUUUAAUGGCGCUCAAAUGAAUGAUCCAUUAAUGCCACAAAAUUAUAAUGGCGCUCAAUUACCUGCGCCACCCUUACCUUACGCUGGUGAAGAAGAAACACAAGAAUUAACUUAUAAAGAUCGUUGGCUAACUUACUUAACACCAAUGAUAUUAAAAGUUAUCUCCGAUGCUCUAUGUUUUUACAUGGGUCGUUUAGCUUGUAAACUAUGUAUGCAACGUAUAUGUUUUGCAUUACCCAUUACAUUAGUAACACCAGUUGUUCUAACAAUUUUACUUGCAUUGUGUGAAUUUUUUCCAAAAUCAACAGUAUUCAUCGAUGGUUUCAUCUAUUGGAGUUGUUAUGAAGAUUUUGCAAAAGAGUCAUUUAAAUGGCAAGUUGUUUGCGGUUUAGCGUUAUGGUGGUUAUCAGAAUUGUGGAUCGGUGGUCAUAUAUGGUUUGGAAAAAGUCAACGUUUGGCAUUUACAGAACGGCUCUUUGUUUCACCACGCUAUUGUGCAACAUUACUAGAACAAUCAUUAAUGAUGAAUAGACGUCGUAAUGAAAAAGAUGAAAUACCUUUGACUGUUGGUACAUUUGAAGAUCAAGGCGAAUUUCCAACUGAUGCUGAUUCACAAAGUUUUGAAGAAUUAUCACUUGAGAAAAAGCUAAGUCAAGGUGUUCCUACAAUAAUUUAUUCUUGUGCAACGAUGUGGCAUGAAACAGAAACAGAAAUGUUACAGUUAUUAAAAUCAAUUAUGAGAUUGGAUAUUGAUCAAAGUGCUAGACGAAAAGCUCAAGAUGUAUUCAAAAUAAAAGAUCCUGAUUAUUAUGAAUACGAAGGACAUAUAUUCUUUGAUGAUGCAACAGAAGAAGAUGAAAAUAAUGAACAAGUACCCAAUAAAUUUGUUCAACAACUUUUGAGUGUCAUUGAUAGAGCAGCAACAGCUGUGCAUGAAUGUCCAAUGAAAAUUCCACCACCGUUUAAAACUCCAACUCCUUAUGGUGGACGUUUAACGUGGGUGUUGCCUGGAGGAAAUUUCUUAAUUGCACAUAUUAAAGAUAAAACAAAAAUACGUCAUAAAAAACGGUGGAGUCAGGUUAUGUACAUGUAUUAUUUACUGGGUUAUCGUCUGUUUGGCGAUUUGAAUAUUAUUGAAAAAUUGUAUAAGAAAAAACGAAAGAAAGACUCGUCUAAAAAUAAAUCAAAAAUAUUUAAAGGAUUUGGAAAUUUAUUGAAUAAUAUGGAUAAUAAACUACGAAUAAAAGCUGAAAAUACGUAUUUAUUAGCCCUUGAUGGAGAUGUCGAUUUUCGACCCGAAGCUGUUCGUCUACUAGUUGAUCGUAUGAAAAAGAACAAGAAAGUUGGUGCAGCUUGUGGACGCAUUCAUCCAAUCGGUGAUGGUCCGGUUGUUUGGUAUCAAAAAUUUGAAUAUGCCAUUGGACAUUGGCUUCAAAAAGCAGCUGAACAUAUACUAGGUUGUGUUAUGUGUAGUCCAGGAUGUUUUUCAUUAUUUCGUGGUUCUUCACUCAUGGAUGAUCACGUUUUAAGAACAUACUGUACCAAAUCAUCAGAAGCAAGACAUUACGUGCAAUAUGAUCAGGGCGAAGAUCGAUGGUUAUGUACGUUAUUAUUACAAGAAGGAUAUCGUGUUGAAUAUUGUGCUGCAAGUGAUGCUUUAACAUAUGCUCCAGAAUCAUUUCAUGUGAAUAUUAUUUUAUUGAGCUCAAAUUAUGAAGUAACUAAUUAUUGUGCAUUUAAUGCAUGUUUUGGUACAACACUUUGGCAAUCGAUGAUUAUGUCUGUUUUGCCAGCAUUUCUCUAUUUAAUUAUUUGUUUUCAUACAACAACUGAUUUUCAAAUUCGAGCAGCAGCAUUUUUAUCGGCUGUCUAUGCUGUUAUAAUGAUGGCCGUUAUUGUAGGUACUACAAUACAAAUUGCUGAAGAUUCAUGGACAUCACCGAAUGCUGUGUUUCUAAUGUUAUUAUUUUCCAUAUUUUUCAUUGCUGCAUGUAUGCAUCCACAAGAAUUCUGGUGCAUUGUUCCUGGUUUACUUUACUUUUUAUGUAUACCAUCCGGUUAUUUAUUUUUAUUAAUCUAUUCUCUCUGCAAUUUAAAUAUUGUUUCAUGGGGUACAAGAGAGGCACCAAAACAAAAGAAAAAUCAAAGUAAAGAAGAAAUAGAAAAGGCUCGUUUACAAGAACUGACACAAGCGAAAAAGAAAUCAGCAGGAUUUCUUAGUCAAUUAUUUGUUAAUUUUAAUGUUAAAAAAUAUGAUGAACGUGUUCGAUCAUUUGCAAGAAAAUGGUUAGGUGUCGAUAGAAGUUCAAUGAAUAGUGUGCUUCUACAACAAAUACUUGGUGCUGUUGAACGGCUUGAAAAAAGUCGUUUGGAGGAAGAAAUGGAUGCGGUGGCUACCACUGGUUUAUAUCCUCCUAAUGAGCAAAAUACACAUGCAACACCGAAUCUGCGUAAUGAUUUACCAUCAGAUUUAGAAACAAAAUAUGGUCUUGUUCAAUUGCCAACAACUACUGGUCAACCUUUAACACGGUCCAGUUAUCCAUUUGAUUUACACAAUCAACAACAACUUAUUUAUCGUGGUUUAAAUAAAACAUCAUAUGGUCAAAUAAUACAUCCACACUCGUAUGCAGGUGUAAGUCAUUCACAAUCUGGAUUAUAUAGUGACGAUAGACAAAUGAUAAAACGUGAUGAAUUAGUUAAUCCAGCAUGGAUAUUUCAUAAAUCAUUAAAAGAUUCUGAUAUUGAAUCACUUGAUCCUAAAGAAAUUCAAUUUUUUCAACAAGUUAUUGAACGUUAUCUCUAUCCAUUAGUAGAAGAUAAAGAACAUCAAAAAAUUGUUGCACGCGAUUUAAAAGCAUUAAGAAAUAAUGGAUGUUUUAGUUUUUUCAUGUUAAAUACACUAUGGAUAGUUAUUAUAUUUCAUUUUCAAUUAGUUCAAUCAAAAGUACGUGAUUAUGUUUAUAUACCUAUUAAGAGAUUGAAUUAUGAUUCAUUACGAUUUGAACCACUUGGAUUUUUGUUUCUGCUCUUUUUUGCAAGUAUUUUGUUAGUUCAAUUUAUUUCCAUGUUAUGGCAUCGUUAUGGUACCCUAUUACAUUUAUUAGCAUCGACUGAUUUAAAAUUAUGUCCACGAAAAAAUGUUGAUCUAUCUGAUAAUGUUGAAGAAGCCGUUGAACAAGUAAAAGUAUUACAACAAUUAAAAGGUUUCAAUGACGAAGAACUACCUGAGCCUGACUAUGAUGAAGGUGAUGAACACGAAGGACGGCAACCAUCAGAACCAGAUUUAUCAACAACGGGGCUUAUCUAUCGAUCAAAAUGGAAAAAUGGAGCGGCAAGAUCAGCUACAUCCCAACAAUGGAGCGGUUUAACAUCCACAGAUGCUAAGGUGAAUGAUAUGCAACGUAAUCUAGACACGGAUCAUAGUGAUAUGAGUCAAGUGUACGGUUUUAAUGGCUAUGCUAGCUCGGUAAAAACAUAUGGAUCAAAUUAUGAGGCAAUAAAACGUCGGCAACAAUCAAAUAAAAAACAUCUAUAUAAUAAAUCAUUAGAUCAUGUAUUCCGAAGUCGUUGGCAAGCAUUAUCACAAGGAAAAAAUAAUCAAUUGAAACAUAAUAAACAGCGUGCAAAACUAACAGAUGUAUUUCAACAACAACAGAUGCAACUUGAACGACAUUCUCAACAACAAAAUCAAAAAAAUCGACGAUCAUCAAGUAUAUUGACAGUAAAAAAUUCUAUAAAUAAUGUAAAUACAAAUAAUAAUACAGAAAAUAAUCAUCAACAAGAAUAUCAAAUACACAAUGAGCUAAAACAACCAUCCAGAAAACAAAAAAAAAAAUCAAAACAACGACAUAGUGAACAAUUGUGA